UAAAACUACAAUACCCACAACCACGAAAAAUGAAGGCGUGGGUUAGCUGGACUUGCCGGGAGUUUCACCGCAUGUUUUGGUUCUUCUAAUAAGAGUGCUUGCAAGGAUUUCAAUCUCGUGUGAGCAGAUCAUUUUGUCAGUGUCAUGUCUUCAGACAACGCCUUGGAUGAUGAGGACACCUUCAAGAUCCUGAUUGCUACCGAUAUUCACCUCGGAUACCUGGAAAAAGACGCCGUCCGCGGCGGCGACUCCUACACCGCAUUCGACGAGAUCCUGAAAUGUGCCAAGACAAAUCAAGUGGAUUUCAUCCUACUUGGAGGUGAUUUGUUCCAUGAAAACAAGCCGACGCGCCGAUGCCUCCACACGUGUAUCACUAUGCUGAGAAAAUACUGCAUGGGAGACACGCCCAUACACUUCAACAUACUCAGUGACCAGACGGUUAAUUUCAACACUACACAGUUCCCCUGGGUUAAUUAUCAGGAUGAAAAUCUAAAUAUCUCCAUUCCCGUGUUUAGCAUUCAUGGUAACCACGACGACCCGACCGGGGCCGAAGGUUUGUGUGCGUUGGAUCUGCUGAGUGCGUCCGGGCUCGUGAACCACUUCGGUCACUCUCAGUCGGUGGAGAAAAUUGAGAUCAGCCCCAUCCUUUUGCAGAAAGGCAACAGCAAGCUGGCUUUAUAUGGUCUUGGCUCCAUCCCAGAUGAGCGUCUGUACAGGAUGUUUGUAAAUAAGCAGGUGACAAUGUUGCGUCCCAAAGAAGACCAGGACGAGUGGUUUAACCUGUUUGCUAUUCACCAGAACAGGAGUAAGCACGGCCCCACAAAUUACAUCCCUGAACAGUUCCUGGAUGAAUUCCUCGACUUGGUGGUGUGGGGUCACGAGCACGAGUGUCUGAUCGCGCCGAGCAGAAACGAACAGCAGCUCUUCUACGUAACGCAGCCCGGCAGCUCCGUAGCCACCUCGCUGUCUCCUGGCGAGGCGACCAAGAAACACAUAGGCUUGCUGAGGGUCAAAGGGCGUAAAAUGAACCUCCAGAAGAUCCCGCUGAAGACGGUGCGGCAGUUCUUAAUCCAAGAUGUGGUGCUCUCAGAUUACCAGGAUGUGUUCACGUCGGAUACGCCCAAUGUCGUAAAGAAGGUGGAGAGCCUUUGCCACGCCAAGGUCAACGAGUUGCUCGAAGAAGCCGAGAGGGAGCGACUGGGAUGCCCGCUCACCCCCGAGAAACCGCUCAUCCGCCUCAGGGUGGACUACACCGGCGGAUUUGAGACCUUCAACACGUCCCGCUUCAGUCAGAAGUACGUGGACCGCGUGGCUAACCCCAAAGACCUCAUUCACUUUCUGCGAUGUAGAGUGAAAAAGGAGGAAGUCAAAGAUGAAUUCAAUGUCGACUACAGCAAGGUACUAAAAACGACUGCGGUUGAGGGGCUGAGAGUGGAGGACCUGGUGAAGCAGUACUUUGAAGCUACUGAGAAGAAGGUGCAACUGUCCCUCCUGUCUGAACACGGCAUGGGCAAAGCCAUUCAGGAGUUUGUAGACAAAGACGAGAAAGACGCCAUCGAGGAGCUCAUCACCUACCAGCUGGAGAAGACGCAGCGCCACCUCCAGGGCCGGACUGUGAUCACAGAGCAAGAGAUCGACACCGAGAUCAAGCAACUCAAAGAGUCCAAAAAGUCCACAGCGGAGGAAGAAAAUGAAAUCAAAGAGGCGAUUAACAGAGCCAAAGCUCACCGCUUGGAGCGUGGAGAGACCUCACUGGACAUCAACAUGUCAGACCCGCUUAGCGACGUGGAUUCCGAACAGGACGUCGCACCUGCCAGAGGAAGAGGACGAGGGGCCAGAGGGCGGGGACGAGGGAGAGCAGGUGCUAAAGCCUCUGAGCCAAAAUCCUCCACCCGAGGAGCUUCCAAGAAGACCUCGAUGACGAGCCAGAGCAGAAGCAUCAUGCAAGCAUUUCAAGGACCGUCCCAAAGACCUUCUCGGAACACAUCGACCGCAUCUUAUGCAGAAAAUGAUCUAACCAUUGAUGACUCAGAUGAAGACGUACCUGUAAUGAAAGCUCGGCCGUCCUCCAGAACCACGUUGUCAUCAUCGUCGUCAUCGUUCAUGCGUCAGGGCUCUCAGAGUCAGACGUCCAAAGGAGUGAGUUUUGACGACAGUGACGAUGAGGAUGAUCCCUUUAAAGGCCCUGCCCAGCGUGCAAGGAGAUAAUUCUAGCUGCUUCCCACAUGCUGUAAAAAAAAAAAAGGUCAUGUUCUUAAUGUUGUUUGGCUACACACUUAAGUUUAAACGCUGUUAUGGAUCUACAGGUAUGUUGCUUUGAGAGCCUCUAAACUGCAUGUUUUUCUACCGCUCCAAACAGUAGGAUCAUUAAGAGUUCUUAAUUACAUCCGUUUUAAUGAAUAGAUAAAGCCGGAUAUAGUCUCACAUUAAAAAUGUUGCAUACAAACUUUGAUUUGUGUGUGUUUUUUUUUUUUUCUUCUUCUUCUUCCAAAAGUCCAAACAGUGGGAGUUAAAUUGAUCCCCGCAGAGGAAAGAGUUCCAGAUAAGACUGAAAAUUGCAAUACACAGUUAAAGAUGUUUUCAGGUUUCUACUUGCAGUGUGAAAUCUGACCCGCAAUGAUUGUUUGGCUCCUUUAUUGUUCAUAGUUUAUAUAAGAGAACUGCCCUGUUGUCAUCGGGUCAGGGUUGUGCCAAAGAGAACCAAAUAGAAUAAAAAAUAUCCAAUUUCGUUAAGUUAUCACUAAAGUCUUACUUUUUUAUAGACAUGACAUAUUUAAAACAUAAAAUAUAUAUAUAUUUAAAAAAGUAACAGGUAAGUUAUGUACUGAAUGAAGUGUUUGGUGAGUGCAUUACAAUUUUGGCAAGUCUUUAUUACUCACAUAUUUACAAAAAAAUACAAAUAGUAAGAUGGGCACAGCAAAAUGAUCUCUUCUGACAACAUCCGUUUUUCAUUUGAUAUUUUACUGCUUAUCACAUAGCCAGUCUUAUUUAAUCACCAACUACUUCUACGACUAUAUUUAUUUCAUUUUGUAUUCCUAUAAGUGACUAAACCUUCAACGUGCACAGAUAUGAAGAAGUGGUUGGGAACAGAUUAUGAAUAUAAAAACCGAGUGAGUUCAUGCUUCAGUGAGCUUAAUUUCAAUCUACUUGAAUUAUUUACCUGGGUGAUGUCAAGUAAUUCCCAUUUUAGAUUUAAAGUGCUUGGUUGAAUUAUUCUACUAUAUGCUAAAAUGAUGCAACUGAAGCAUUGCCAUCAAUGAUUUCAACCAGUGCAUUAAUAAAAGACAUUAACCUGAAUUGUUCCCGUUGUGAGACUUGAUAUCAUAUCAUAGCUAGUGUAUGAUGUCAUCAUAGCACAUACACAAUAAAUUGCAAGUCAUUAAAGUAAGAUAAGGGACAUUCCAGGAUUGGAGGACAUUUGUGGAAGUUUC